AUGGAAUCUCGGCCACGUCCGACGCCUCCAUCUCUGGUAAUCAAGACGGUCAAGCAGAACAAGAAACAGGUUUCCCUUUUUCUUGUCACAUUCGUACUCUUCUGCAUCUUUGUUGGCAUACCGGCGACAUUGCAGCCACAGGCGCUCCAUUUGGGGCCAGUAAAGAAAUGGGUCCCCGACGCGGCGUACUUCCUCUCGUUACGCAAGCAUCGGACAAAUCUUAUAGUGCAUCCAAUUCCAAAGCUCAUGGCAGACGCUCAGGCGCGAUAUAAAAAGCUCCUCCGGCGUCAGAGUGUGACGUUGUUGCAAGCCGUCCGCGAGUACAAACGACGCUACGGGCGGGAUCCACCAAGAGGAUUUGACGAGUGGUACGCUUUUGCAAAGCAGAUGAAUGGUGUAAAGAUGAUUGAUGAGUAUGACCAGCUGAUGCGAGAUCUUGAACCUUUUUGGAGUCUGAGGGGAGAGGAGAUCCGGCGACGUGCGAAUCAGAUUGGCCAGAUGCCUUCCAUUGACCUCGUCCGUCUAAGGAAUGGUAAAGCGGUGACGCUCAAUAUCGAAAAGGGCUUCGAAGACAGUGAACUCCCCGACAUGGACUUUCCAAUAAACGCAAAGGCCGAAGGACGUAUUCUUGUUCCCUGGGAGCACGUUCAGUACCCAAAUAUGACCGCCGACCUGGAUUCGUCCAAGGGUAUCGAGCACAUGCUCCGCCUCCAGCCUGGCGAGCGCUUUGUCGCCGACUGGCGUGGUGACUCUAAUGUGUGGGAACAUUUUCGACGUACCUGUCCUCCUUCCUCACAGGCUCGACGACUCUUCCAUUCCAUGCGUGCCGUGCUCAAAGAGGGGCAGCGACCGGUCGACUUUUUCGAAAAGGCAGGUCUAGUUUCCGGGCCUGACGAGGAUUUUUUGUUUUCACCGGGUGUCGACGAUACAUUCGACUUUUGUCAGCAUCCACAUGCGCACAUCAACCAAGGCCACUUCUUCUCGGAUUGGCGCACCAUCCCCGUAUUGUAUCCGGUAUUUUCACCAGCCAAAGGAGAAGGGUUCGCCGACAUCUUGAUUCCUAGCCAUUACUAUUAUUCGUCGACGAAGCGAUACACAUAUGGAUGGGACCCCAUGGAGAUGCGCGUAAAAGACGUGGAUGAUUUCGAGGUUCCGUGGUCAAAGAAGAGCAACAAGAUUUUCUGGCGAGGUGCGACGACCGGUGGUGGAAGUAGUCCUCCAGGAUUUGUCGCACACUAUCAGCGACACCGCUUUCUUCGCAUGUCCUCCGACCAUAGUGAAGGAAACCGCACUGUCAUUUUCGCCGAUCCGUCUGGUACUGACAACUUUGUGUACGCCAAGUUACCCAUAGCCAGACUCAACGACCACAUUAUGGAUGCCGCGUUCACCAAGGCAGUUGGAUGUAUCCAGUAUCCUAAUGGUGGGUGCGAUGCUCUCCGUAAAGUCCAUCGAUUUGCAGAGGCCGUGCCACUGGGAGAGCACUGGAGGCACAAGUACCUGAUUGACAUGGACGGAAUGGGAUAUUCCGCUCGAUUUUUUGCAUUCUUGGCAAGUGACAGCGCGGUUAUUAAGAACACUAUCUACAAAGAGUACUACUCCGAGUGGAUUCAGCCGUGGUUACACUUUAUUCCUCUUUCUCAAGGCUAUAACGAAAUUUAUAACCUUCAUGCGUACUUCUCCGGGCCAGCUGCGUUUAUGACUGAGGCGGUUGGCAAUAGGACGGACCUCGAAGGCGUGCCAAGAAAAAAGAAGCCGAGAGUAUUGGAUGGCGACAAGCAGUUACAUCGGAUCGCUAGGGCAGGAAGGCAGUGGAAAGCGACGGUUGGUCGAAAGGUUGACAUGGAAGGCAAGGCUCAACAGCUACAUGGACACGAGAGAUCAGGGCCGUAUAGUACAACGAUGUGCAAGUGCUGUCGGAAGACUGCCAAAGGUGCUCUGGAAGCGUUAGAUGCACUGGGUGUUGGUGUAGACCCGCUCACCCAAACGCUACUUGUUGGUCAAGGCUACGAGGGAACGCCUCCUCUGACCCACAAGAACCUGUUUGUGCCCGGAUCCCACGAGAAGCAGCCAAUGUCCUGCUCUGCCUUUUUCGAGCUAAACCCGACAGCCAACCGGAUACAACUGCUCGCCGAGCUCGCCGCGGGCGUUCAGUACCUCCACUCACAAUCGCAUGUCCACGGCAGCAUUCGGCCCGCUGCGGUGUUCGUCGACGACGAGGGAUCUGCUCUCCUCGCAUGUGACAGUGGCAGCUCAAAUGCCUCAGCGGAAAGCGCAUAUACGGCGCCAGAGCUAGAGAGUGACGAUGCUGAACCAGGUACUGCGAGUGACGUUUACGCAUUUGGUGGCUUGAUACACUGGAUGUGUACUGGAACGGACCCAGUCGACUUGGCCAUGCAAUCGCUCCCAACAGCUUUCAACUCGCUCUCCCUGACGCCUCCCUCUAUCUUCAAUGUGGCCGCUCUGCCAACUGGGCGUACACUCUUCAAGAAUGCUCGACAAACCAUCGCCGAGCAAACAGAUCAGACACUGAAAUCGCUCGUGGCCCAAUGCCGGCGAGUAGAUGCAAAGCAGCGACCCCCUAUGAUCAUGGUAGGCCUUACGCUACGACAAGUCCUCGUGCGACACCAAACCAUGGCGAGCCAACUAGCCAUGGGAUCGUCGCUGGAACGUGGGUUAGCCAUUGGUGGAAUCACCAGUCUAGCCUCAUUUCUUCCAAAGAGAAAGCCUUCGACACGCAAGACAGAAAGCGCCCGCUCGACCCCAAAUAUGUCGAGCAUGAGACUGUUUCCACCCCCGACGGCUCCACUGACCACAAGUGAACGCGAACGGACCUUGGCCGUGCCAUCUCCAAUACCACGCUCGGCAUCCUACGACGAUAUCAGUCAGUUGCGAGACCGGAAUUGGGAAUAUACACAACCCGUAUCUCCAAGAUUAGAAGUUGGGCCAAGCUCUCAUCUCAUGGGAGGCCCUGAACCGCACCAGACCCAAAUAUCCACAGAUUAUGUUGUCGACCAGCACCAAUAUCCAACCGAUCCGUAUGCCGAGGACAUCGCUUUCCUUGAGCAGCAACGAUCGUCGCGGCGGAAUGACUUGCGAGUCUACACAGGCAGAAAUGCACCACCGGAGAUAGUUGUUUAUCAGCCACUGGAGUCUCCCAAGACACCUGCACCGCCGUGGACGCCUUUUCCCAUGUACUAG